AUUAAAUCUUUCAAUCUUCAACCCCUCGAUCUCUACUCCACGGCAUGACCCCGAGUUCAACCAUCACGAUACCCUGAAGAAAGUAAAAUAAAUUAAAUUAAAAUAAAUCAGGACGUAUAUACCUGGUGUCCAAAAUGGAUCGCCAAUCCGUUUACUCAGUUUCCGUCUUCCAGUCCAACUCGGGACCAAACGAAGAUAGCCGGCUGCAUAUACAGGAACAGCUCGUAACAUUUAUCCUCGAGUUCAGACACGACAAUAUCUUCAUCUACCGAGAUCAAUUAAGGGAAAACGCAUUAUUAAAGAAGUACUAUUGCGAUGUCAACGUUACCGAUUUAAUCAAGUAUAAUGAAGAGCUUGCGCACCGACUAGUGACGGAGCCCGCUGAAAUUAUACCUCUUUUCGAACUAGCCCUCAAGAAAUGCACACACCGAAUCAUCUUCCCCCAUGAUCCGAAAGCUGUCAUACCUGAACACCAACUACUCCUCCACUCCAACGCAGAAGAUGUCUCGAUCCGGAAUCUGGAUUCCGAGACCAUUGCUAGACUCGUCAGAGUACCUGGUAUCGUCAUCGGCGCCUCUGUCAUGUCUUCUAAAGCCACACAGCUACAUAUCCAAUGCCGAAGUUGUCUACACACGCAGGUAGUCCCUGUCUUAGGUGGAUUUACUGGUGUAACACUUCCGCGCACAUGCGGUCGUCAGAGACCUCCCAAUGACCCCUCCGAGAAAUGUCCUCUCGAUCCUUACUUUGUUACUCACGAGAAGUCCAAGUUUGUCGAUCAGCAGAUUAUCAAGCUCCAAGAAGCACCGGACCAGGUACCCGUGGGAGAGCUUCCGCGACAUGUUCUCAUCUCCGCAGACCGGUAUCUUACAAACAGAGUUGUUCCCGGAUCGAGAUGUACAAUCAUGGGAAUUUUCUCCAUUUACCAAAAUAAGGCUUCUAAGAACUCAUCAACUGGCGGCGCCGUCGCUAUACGAACACCUUACCUCAGAGCCGUGGGCAUCCAGACUGACGUAGAUGCCACAGCAAAAGGUCACUCGAUCUUCUCCGAGGAAGAAGAGCAGGAAUUUAUGGAACUCAGCCGAAGACCUGACCUCUACAAUAUCAUGGCUGACUGUAUCGCCCCGUCGAUUUAUGGUAACCGAGAUAUUAAGAAGGCCAUACUUUGCCUGCUGCUGGGAGGAUCGAAGAAGAUCUUACCAGAUGGCAUGAAGCUAAGAGGUGAUAUAAACGUGCUCCUCCUCGGUGACCCGGGUACGGCGAAGUCGCAACUGUUGAAAUUCGUCGAGAAAGCCGCCCCUAUAUCUAUUUACACCUCCGGAAAGGGUUCCUCGGCUGCUGGUUUAACAGCUUCCGUGCAGAGAGACCAUUCUACACGAGAAUUUUACCUCGAAGGUGGUGCAAUGGUGUUAGCGGAUGGUGGUGUGGUAUGUAUCGAUGAAUUCGACAAGAUGCGAGACGAGGAUCGUGUUGCGAUCCACGAAGCUAUGGAACAACAGACCAUCUCAAUUGCCAAGGCAGGCAUAACAACAAUCCUAAACGCACGAACCUCCGUCCUCGCGGCGGCUAACCCUAUCUUUGGCCGUUACGACGAUAUGAAGACACCAGGCGAGAACAUCGAUUUUCAGACCACCAUUCUGUCCCGUUUUGACAUGAUCUUCAUUGUCAAGGACGAUCAUAGCAGGGAUAAAGAUGAGCGCAUUGCCAAGCACGUCAUGGGUAUUCACAUGGGUGGCCGUGGUCUUGAGGAGCAAGUCGAGGGUGAAGUACCAGUUGAGAAGAUGAGGCGGUACAUCAGCUACUGCAAAUCACGCUGCGCACCCCGCCUCUCCCCCGAAGCCGCCGAGAAGCUAUCCUCGCACUUCGUCUCCAUCCGAAAACAAGUCCACGCCUCCGAGCUCGAAGCCAACGCGCGCUCCAGCAUCCCCAUCACCGUGCGACAACUCGAAGCCAUCGUGCGCAUCACGGAGGCCCUCGCGAAGCUGACCCUCUCCCCCGUGGCCACCGAGCAGCACGUCGACGAAGCCAUCCGGCUCUUCCUCUGCUCGACCAUGGACGCCGUCACCCAGGGGACUGCGAACCAGGGCGGCCGCGAGCUGAACGAGGAGGUCGCGCGCGUCGAGCAGGAGCUUCGUCGCCGCUUGCCUAUCGGGUGGAGCACCAGCCUGGCGACCCUGCGCCGCGAGAUGGUCGAGGGCAAGGGCUUCAGCGAGCAGAGUCUUAACCGCGCGCUGAUGCUCCUGCAGAGACGGGAUACCAUUAUGUUCCGGAACCAGGGCGCGCAGGUAUAUCGGAACGGUGCUUAAGAGUACCUACCUAGGUGCCUACUUAGGGUAGACGAGGUGAUGUGGCCUAUGUGAUGUGAUUCAUGAUGUGGAAGGGAGCUUGCUUGCUUCAUUCGGCUCGGCGUUCAGGUUAUGCUCGAUCAACACACAGAUAAACAAACAAACGAGGGGUACCUACCUGACAUACGUGGGUUUAGGUACGAUUCCGAGAUGCUAUUUACUUUGGGUACGUACGAGUAUGCCAUGGUAGAUGAAGCUAGGCUAGGUAGUUAUAGUAAUUAUGAACGACGUCAAUGUUGAAUAAAAGCAAAAUUACUUGCUACGCCUAAUGCCAGACAGAGAAAUAUUGGAUAUAGUCAUGCCCAUUGUAGAUACAGCCCCAAGUACAAAGGACCUAUAUAUCUACUUCAAUCGCGAGAGGUACCCAAAUCAGACAAAAUGUUGCUUCAUCCCACCCGCCCGCCUAAUACAGGACCCUAGGUCGUCGGUACCUACCUACCUACCUACAAGAAACCUAUAAAUAUGAAAUCUCAUCCCCUUCUCGCCGUCAUCAUCAU